AUGCACUCUACUCGUCGCCGUCGCCUAUGUUCACUCCCCUCCGUCGCCCACGCGACCAUUCUCGCGUCAAUGUCUCACACUUCCCUCCAUCGCCAUAGCUCACUCCCUCUCAUCGCCCUCGCGCACUCCCCUCCCGUCGCCUUCGCGCACUUCCCUCCCGUCGCCUUCGCGCACACCCGUCCCGUCGCCUUCGCGCACUCCCCUCCCAUCGCCUUCGCGCACUCCCCUCCCGUCGCCUUCGCGCACUCCCCUCCAAAGAGGAUGAUCACUCCCUCCCGUCGCCCACGCUUCCUUCCUGACGCACGAUCACGCUCCCUCCCCUCCCGUCGCCUUUGCGCGACGCCUCUUUCGCCCCUCCUCACUCUCUUCCGUCGCCCACGCUCACUCCCCUCCCGUCGCCCACGCUCACUCCCCUCCCAUCGCUCAUGCUCACUCCCCUUACGUCAUAAUGGGGACUCCCCGCGCCUUGCAACUCUCCUUCCUCCUGCUACGCCACACCCCACACUCUCGUCUCCCCAUCCCUCAUCUCCCCUUCCCUCGUCUCCCCAUCCCUCAUCUCCCCUUCCCUCGUCUCCCCAUCCCUCAUCUCCCCAUCCCUCAUCUCCCCAUCCCUCACCUCCCCAUCUCUCACCUCCCCAUCCCUCAUCUCCCCAUGCCUCACCUCUCCAUCGCUCAUCCAUCCAUCCCUCAUCUCCCCAUGCCUCACCCCAUCUCCGCCGCACCCCGUGGCAUCGUCACACGUCGCCAUUUCCCACCUCUUCCUACUUCCCAUCCCCCUCUUCCGCCCUUCCUCCCCCCUUCUCUCAAUCCCUUCCUCUCGCCCUGCCAUCCUACUUCCCAUCCCCCUUUCCUCGUUUCCCCAGACCUCCUUUCCCCAUCCCGUCAUUCACUCUCCCUCCGUUCCCCAUCCUUCCAUUCCCCAUGCCUACUUUCACCAUUCCACCAUACCCCAUUCACCAUACUCCUAACCCCAUCUCCUCCUCACUCCAUCUCCUCCUAUACACAUCCGCUUCUUUCCCCUUCCCUCGUCACCGCGUCCCCUCCUCUCCCCAUCCCCUCCUCUCACCAUCCCCUCUUCUCCCCACCCCCUCCCGUCCUCUCCCCAUCCGCCCAUCCCACCUCACCACUUCCCUAUGUAUCAAAAUUUAG